AUGCCAGUACAACUUGAACCCUUUCUCGAAAAGUUUUUAAAGGAACGUCCUGAAAUUGACGCUACUCAACUUCCUCCCGAGGUUAUUCGUCAAGGAGAGCGUUUUGAUCUUAGCAAGCUCAAUUUACCUGCUGUCCUGGAAGAAGAAAAGACUAUCCCUACUCGUGCUGGUGGCACCGUUAGCCUUACCAUCACUCGACCCGUCGGUUCAGAAAACGAGACCCUUCCUGUUAUUCUCUUUUUGCAUGGCGGUGGAUGGGUCAUUGGCAGCAACAACACGCAUAGUCCUAUUCGAUGUGAGUUAACUACACGCGCUCAUGCCGUGGUAGUUUUUGUCAACUACAGCUUGAGUCCCGAAGUACGAUUCCCAGUGGCUAUUGAAGAAUGCUAUGAUGCCCUUGAAUGGGUUUUAAAGAAUGGUGCAUCCAUUAACGCCGACCCUUCCACACUUGCCGUUGCUGGUGAUUCCGCUGGCGGAAAUCUAUCCACGGUGAUGUGCUUGUUGGCUAAACAACGUGGAUUGAAGGAUGCCAUCAAGUUGGCUAUUCUCAUUUACCCAGUUACGGAUGCUAAUUUUGAUACCGGUUCCUACAACGAAUUCCAUGAAGGCUAUUUCUUGACGCGCAAGGUGAUGAAAUGGUUUUGGGAUCAUUAUCUGCCCGAUGAAGAAGAGCGUCGCAAGAACAUCCUUGCUUGUCCUCUAAACGCCACAUUGGAUGAUCUCAGGGGAUUGCCUCGCACACUGGUCAUUACAGCUGAAGCUGAUGUCCUCCGAGAUGAAGGUGAAGCUUACGCACGUAAACUUAUGGCAGCUGGUGUUCCUGUUGUUACUACUCGCUAUCUUGGUAUGAUCCAUGGCGUCUAUAACAUUGGUCUUUUGAGUCCUUCAGCUAUCAGUGCUAUCGAUCAAAUGGUUGGAGAGCUCAAGAGUGUAUGGGCAGGCAAGAAUAAGCUUUAA